UCCUUUGCCCCAAUGAGCUGCUGGCCCCUUUGGGGAGGGUCUUUGGGUCGGGGGCGGGGAAGGCAUGCUAACCCCAAACCCCAAAUUCAGAUUUCCAUUUAUUAACUGAAGCCAAAAUGAGAGCUUGCUUGGCCUCAGUCAGAAAUGCGGGAAGAUUUAGGACAGGCGGGAGGAGUUAGAAUAAUAGAAUCAUAGAAUCCUAGAGUUGGAAGAGACCCCAAGGGCCAUCCAGUCCAACCCCCUGCCAAGCAGGAAACACCACCAAAGCAUUCUUGACAUAUGCUUGUAAAGCCUCUGCUUAAAGACCUCCAAAGAAGGAGACUCCACCACACUCCUUGGCAGCUAAUUCCACUGCCGAACAGCUCUUACUGUCAGGAAGUUCUUCCUAAUGUUUAGGUGGAAUCUUCUUUCUUGAAGUUUGAAUCCAUUGCUCCGUGGGGGGGGGGGCUCCUCUGCUCUGCCUCCCCGUCGGAGGCUGCAAGGCUUCAGAGUCCCACUUGCUGCAGGUGGAGAGAGGGGCUCUUGCGCGCCAGUCCUGCUGGUGGGCUUCCCUUAAGGAGCCCCUGGUUGGCCCCUGUGGGAAAAGGAGGCUGGACUCAAGGGGGGCCCUUUGGCCUGAUCCUGCAUGGUUCCUCUUUCCGAUGCUGAGCUCCUCCACAUGCAAGUGGGCCCUCCGUUCUCCUUCCAUCAGAAGCAAAGAUUUCCCCACCCCCAACAGCCCAUCAACCAGGCAGGACUUCUGUCCAGACUCCUGGCUGACACAGUAUUUGCUAGCACCUCUAAUUUGGACAGACAGAACUUGGCAGAAUAUCAAGAGGUUCAUUCUGAUCUCUUGGAGUCUUCCUGAGAGCACAGAUGGAUGAGCAAGACUCAGCUGGCCCUGAAGGAGGAAGAGGCCAUGCCGUCAGAACUGGGAGCAGUGGGGGAUUCUGGGGAAAUGCUGUGCAGAAGAUCCUGGGUGAGGAGGACACUCUCCGCUCCGAGGUGCAGAGCCAGCAGUUCCGGCAGUUCUGCUUUCAGGAGGCCAAAGGACCUCGAGAGGUUUGCAGCCGACUCUACAACCUUUACCAUCGAUGGCUGAAGCCAGAAAGACACAUGAAAGCUGAGAUGCUGGACCUGGUGAUCUUGGAGCAGUUCCUGGCUGUCCUUCCCCCAGAGAUGGAGAGCUGGGUGAGGGAAUGCGGAGCAGAGACCAGUUCCCAGGCAGUGGCCCUGGCCGAAGGUUUCCUCCUGAGUCAGGCAGAGGAGAGGAAGCAGGCAGAGAGAAAGCAGAGACAGGAUCUGUUUGCAGAAAUGGGCCCAGAUUCCUCUGAGACAGAAAGGACUCCGUUGGGCACCAGAGAGAGGCUGCUGGGUGACCGGAUGAUGCCAGCUAGACCUCCUCUUCCAUCUAUUCCUGGUGGUGAAGGAGAAGCAACGGCUGUGGAACCAGAUCAGGGCCCAGUGUGCUUUGAAGAUGUCGCUGUUCAUUUCACAUAUGAGGAGUGGGCAUUGCUGGAUCCUGACCAAAGAGCUCUGCAUAAGGAAGUCAUGGCAGAGAAUCUUGGGAUCAUGGCCUCUCUCAGUGGUGAUGAACUGGGAAGUAAGAACAAAGGAGAACAGGGCAAAAUCCACACAGUGGAAAAGCCAUCUAAAUAUUUGAAGUGUGGAGAGCAUUUCAGACAGAGAUUGCAUUCCACUUCCCAUCAGAUAAAUCCCAUUAGGAAGAAACCAUAUCAGUGUUCGGAAUGUGGAAAGAACUUCAAGUGGAAAGAUAGUCUCAUUUCCCAUCAAAGAAUUCACAGUGGGGAGAAACUAUAUCAGUGCUUGGAAUGUGGAAAGAACUUCAUUCGCACCUCUCAUCUCACUGCCCACCAAAGAACUCACAGUGGGGAGAAACCCUACCAGUGCUUGCAAUGUGGAAAGAGUUUCAGCCAAAGGGCCAAUCUCUCUUGCCAUGAAAGAAUUCAUACCGGGGAGAAGCCCUACCAGUGCUUGGAAUGUGGAAAGAGCUUCAACCAGAGAGCUAAUCUCACUUCCCAUCAAAGAAUGCAUACCGGGGAGAAACCAUAUCAGUGCUUGGAAUGUGGAAAGAGCUUCAUUAAGAGGGCCAAUCUCUUUUCCCAUCAAAGAACUCACAGCGAUCAGAAACCGUAUCAGUGUUUUGAAUGUGGAAUGAGAUUCCGUAAAAACAUCCAUCUCAUGACCCAUCAAAGAAUUCAUACAGGGGAGAAACCAUAUCAGUGUUCAGAGUGUAGAAGGAGCUUCAGAAAGAGCUCCAAUCUCACGGCCCAUCAAAUAACCCAUACAGGGGAGAAACCACAUCAGUGCGUGGAAUGUGGGAAGAGCUUCUGUAGGGGGUCUAAUCUCAUGGCCCAUCAAAGAAUCCACACUGGGGAGAAACCAUAUCAGUGUUUGAAAUGUGGAAAGAGCUUCAGUUGGAAGAAAAGUCUCACUUCCCAUCAAGGAAUUCACAGUAAGGAGAAAAUAUAUCAGUGCUUGGAAUGUGGAAAGAGCUUUAAGAGAAGCAAAGCCUUCCACCAACACCAGAGAAUUCACCAUGGAGAAGAACACCAUCAAUGCCAAGAGUGUGGAAAGAGCUUCAGUCGGAAGGAAAGCUUCACGGCUCAUAAAAGAAGAAUUCAUUCAGUGGAAAAGCCCUACCAGUGCUUAGAAUGUAGAAAGAGAUUCAGUGAGAAAGUUCAUCUUACAGCUCAUCAGGUGAUUCAUGAAGGGGAGAAACCAUAUCACUGCUCAGAAUGUACCAGGAGCUUCAGAAAGAGCUCUAAUCUCAAGGCCCAUCAAAGGAUUCACACAGGGGAGAAACCCUAUCAGUGUGUGGAAUGUGGAAAGAGCUUCACCCGGAAGGAAAGUCUCACUUCCCAUCAAAGAACUCACAGCGGGGAGAAACCAUACCAGUGCUUGGAAUGUGGAAAGGGCUACGCUAAGAGGGCAAGUCUCACUUCCCAUCAAAGAAUCCACACGGGAGAGAAACCACACAAGUGCUUGGAAGGUGGAAAGAGCUUCAGUCACAACGCCCACCUCAGGGACCAUCAAACAACUCACAGCAGGGGGGAACCAUAGUAAUAACUGUGUACAAAUUUAAUUGUCGGAUGAUUUAAUGAGGAGGAUGAGGAUUACAGUAGUAGUAGUAGUAGUAGUAGUAGUGAUUUUAUUUGUACCCUACCCAUCUGAUUGGUUUGCUACAGCCUCUCUAGGCAGCUUCCAACAUAUAUAAAAACCAUAAUAAAACAUCAAAUAUUAAAAAGCUUCCAUAUACAGGGCUGUCUUCAGAUGUAUUCUGAAAGUGAUAAGAGUUUUUUUAUUUCCUUGACAUCUGAUGGGAGGGAGUUCCAAAGGGCAGGCGCCUCUACCGAGAAGGCCCUCUGCCUGGUUCCCUGUAACUUAGCUUCUCGUAGCGAGGGAACCGCCAGAAGGCCCUCGGAGCUGGACCUCAGUGUCCGGGCAGACCGAUGGGGGUGGAGACGCUCCUUCAGGUAUACCGGACCGAGGCUGUUUAGGGCUUUAAAGGUCAGCACCAACACUUGGAAUUGUGCUCGAAAACGUACUGGGAGCCAAUGUAGAGCUUUCAAGAUCGGUGUUAUGUGGUCCCAGUCACCAGUCUAGCUGCCGCAUUCUGGAUUAGUUGUAGUUUCCAGGUCACCUUCCAAGGUAGCCCCACCUAGAGCGCAUUGCAGUAGUCCAAGCGGGAGAUAACUAGAGCAUGCACCACUCUGGCGAGACAGUCUGCGGGAAGGUAGGGUCUCAUCCUGCGUACCAGGUGGAGCUGGUAGACAGCCGCCCUAGACACAGAAUUGACCUGCGCCUCCAUGGACAGCUGUGAGUCUGUCCUCCAAAAACAGAGGUCUUUUACUUUGGCAACAUAACAAAAAGGUUGACCCUGUUUCUCAAGACCACUUUCUGCCCAAUAUUUCUUUUUUGACAUUUAUUUCUGAUUUGUUUAUGACGCCAAAAUUGGAGUGUCAGGCUGAUGGGAACUGAGUCACAGAGGUUUAGUGGCCACUGGCAUUACCAAGGCUGAAUGCGGAAUGUUGCUGACUCCUUAAGACAUGAAGUGUGGUCAUAGAAUCAAACCACAGUAAAGUUGAAGGGGACUCGGGGACUGAUCUAGUCCAAUGCAGGAGUCUCAACUAAAGCGUCCAUGACAGAAUCAGGAUAAGCUCCAACUCCUGGUAAGGGAAGAGACAGUUUAAGGGGCUCAGACUUAAUGCUGUCAAGAGGAAUCUUCAUGGCCAUUGAUGGAAAUGUAAUAUUUAGAGUUAUAGUUACAGGUAGGUAGCUGUGUUGGUCUGCCGUAGUUGAAACAAAAUAGAAAAAUUC